AUGUAUGACCGGGGUGGGGCUCCACCUCAACCUCCGGUGAGGUUCUGCGAGUCCCGGUUCAGAACCUCCGACCAAACCUGGCCCCGAAAGCGACCUCCCAGUUGGGAGCAGGCCGGGGGUGGGGGUGUGGGGGAUGUGACGUGGCCCCGCUCUUGGAGGGCAGAUGCGGUGUGUGCUGGUCCACCUCACACACGCUCUUUAUUUAGAAAAACACCGAUUGUGCCUUUGAUGCAAUUCCCUUUCCUGCUCGUUGUCAUUCUUAAACCAGAUGGGAACUCUCGGAGCCUCCAGUCAACUGCUGCCAGGUCUGCGUGUGGGAAUCGGCAGAACCAAAGGGGUUCUGAUGAAAGCAGCCCACUUUGGGGGAGCUUAGGUCUUAAUAGCAGCGAUUAA